GGGUUGCGGCGAAUCUUCAAAGUGUGCGUUAUGUGAUUAAGUUAUUUGUGAAUCAUACGGGUGACGAAUCUCACUUGAAUGUAUGGUUCUGAGAAACUUUUGUCUUGUGGGUUGUACAGACCCGUGUAAUGAAGUUGUUCGAGUAAAGGAUGCAUCAGGACACUGGAAAACGUUUUACGUGCGCGAUAAGUUAGAUACUGGUGGAUUUAGCCAAAUAGAUCUCGUUUUUGACAAAGUGUCUAAAAGAUCAUUCGCUUUAAAACGUAUCCUAUGCCAUUCAAAGGAUGAUGAAAGUAAGGCUUUAAAAGAAGCUAAUUUCCAAUUGAAUCUCCCUGAUCAUCCCAACUUGCUUUCCUGUAUCGCGAGUGGCCUACAACAUGUCUCUAGUCGUAAACAAGGAGCUAUUUCAGAAGUUCUUUUGGUGUUAUCUUAUAGCAAGCGAGGUACGUUGCAACGUGAAAUUGACCAUAGAUCUGCACGUAACGUUAUGUUCCCCCUGUACCUUAUAAAGACCAUGAUGAUUGGUAUUUGCGAUGGCCUUAUUGCCCUUCUUUCUUUUGAUAUUCCAAUGUCUCAUCGAGAUAUAAAGCCUGGGAAUGUUCUUUUGUUUGAAGAAAUGAGACCAGUUUUAAUGGAUUUUGGCUCUGCCACUCCCUCCAUUCUUCCUAUUGAAAGCAUUAGAGAUGCAGAAAAAUGGAAGGAGUUUGCUGAGGAAAACUGUUCACUUACUUAUCGGGCUCCAGAGUUGUUUAAUCCAAUAACUUACGAAACCAUAACCGAGAAAGCUGAUGUUUGGGCAAGCACUUUCUUACGGCUUUUUAUGGCUGAAUACUUAUUUUAGUCCCUAGGAUGUCUCUUUUAUGCUCUGAUUUCUUUCAAAUCCCCAAUGGAUUUCGUUCAUGCGCGGGGUGAUAGUGUUGCUCUUGCUGCUUGUUCAGCUAAUAUAUAUUUCCCAAUAGAUUCGUGUUCAAAGUAAGUGUUUUUUAAAGACAUUUUAUAGUUAUCAAAAUAUUAUCGUGAUUUUGCGAUGGCUAAUCACCUUUUGAUCCGAUUUUAGGAUACAAAAUUAUUAGAGUAGCGAUAUGAAUAAAUUAUAUCUUUGUUUUACAUGCGAUUUCAAGUUGCUUAUCUAAUGCCCACGUUAAAACCUGGUCGAUGAAGUUUAAUCAGCUCUAAGAACCAGUCUAACAUAAUAUUCGCCCCUCAAUAGAAAUUAGGCCCUCUAAUUUAAUCUGACAUCAUCAGCUAUCGCCUUGUUCUUGGACCAAGUUUUUUAAGAGUUCCACCAGAAUUGAUAAAGUUAAUGAAAGCAAUGCUGUCCGCUAAUCCUCAAGAUCGUCCCUCACUUACUCAAAUUGUGGAGUCCUUCAAAAACCUACCUGAAGAAAUCAUGUAUUGUAACAAUCAAAGUGCAAUAACUUAUUCUUUGUAAUCUUGACUUAGUUUGACUAAAUCCCACAUGAAAUCUAACCGUAAAUCUUUCAAUCUUCUACUCUUUCUCUAUACUAUUUACGAAAUACUGAGAAGUCUUUCUAUACUUUUUACCUUGACUUUUAUUCUCUGUACUUUUUAAUAUUCGACACAAUAUUGCAUGGAAUUCCA